GAGAGGAGGGGACAGACAGCGGGAGUCGGAAGUGAACCUGACGUGCUGGUGGGAGCAGCUCCUCUCUGCAGCUCCUGCUCCAAACGCGCGCUGAUCACAGAGGACAAUUUUCGCAAUCAUGUGCCUUAUUACUGGCGCCGAGUCGGUGCUACUUCCACGGUGAGGAGGAGGAGGAGGAGUAGACAGCCUGGCAGACAGGUGCGACUCCACAGUCUGUUUCAUUUUCCGUCUGUUCCAGAAAGACGCGGAGGAGCCAUGGACUCCCGUAAGGAGAACAAGGUAAGAAAACAAGCCAUGAAACCCAAAGCGAAACGGAAAGAGAGGAAAUCCAAAGGCGGGAGGUUCGUCAGGAGGAAAUCGCUGAGGUCUCUGGGGAAUUUCAUGAGUCGGGUCCUUAAAACUUUGGGCACUUUGACGCACUUUGGCGAAGCGGAGCCGCCGGAGGCGGAGGAGGACGACGGCGGCUUCGGGCGCAGCUCGACGGUAGGCUUGAAGGAGGAGGAGGACGCGACUGCCCGCCAGUCCAGGGAAGGAGCCGCGAAGAAGAGCUCCGCCGCGCUGACCACCUCCUCCUCCUUCCAUCACGGGUCGGUGAAGGAGCGGCUGUCGUGGUGCUACGGAGACAAGACUCCCGGAGUGCUGGGACUGAAGAACCACGGCAACACCUGCUUCAUGAACGCCGUGGUUCAGUGCCUCAGCAACACCGACCUGCUGGCCGAGUACCUCGGACUGGAGCAGUACAAGUCCGACCUGAGCCACAGGAGGAUGAACGGGGAGCCGCAAAACCUCAGGGGGGAGGUGACUGUGCAGCUGGCGUCGCUGGUUCGAGCCCUGUGGACGCUGGAGUACACGCCACAGCUGUCUGUGGACUUUAAGAGCAUAGUGGCCAAGUACAGCUCACAGUUCAGAGGAAACUCACAGCAUGAUGCCCUGGAGUUCCUUCUCUGGCUUUUGGACAGAGUUCAUGAAGAUGCCAGUCCCAGUUCUAACAUCCGCAGCAGCAGCAAUAAGACCAAUGCCACCCCCAAGGGACACAGUUCAUUGGAGGAUCGUUCUACUCCCAGUACAGCCAACACCCAGCAGGCCAGAGGUCGACACAGUUUUGUUCAGGAGCACUUCCAGGCUCAGUACAGGUCUUCUCUGACGUGUCCUCAUUGCCUUAAACAGAGUAACACCUUUGAUCCCUUCUCAUGCAUCUCCCUGCCAAUCCCUCUACGGCAAACAAGGCCGUUGUGUGUGACAUUCGUCUUCAGUACAAAAGGUCAGCGGUAUCUGCGGGUGGGGCUUGCGGUACCGAUCUUUGGUUCCGUGGCCUGUUUGAGAGCUAUGGUGGCUAAAGAGGGCAACAUCUCCCCAGACGAGGUCAUCCUAUCAGAGUUGUGUUCUACGGGUUUCCAGCGUUCCUUCUCAGAUGAAGAUGACCUGACAGCGAUUGCAGACAGCGACGUUGUCUACGCCUUCCAGGCUCCACCUGUCCAUAGCCGCGGUGGCUCUGCAUCACACUCAGGAUAUCACCACAGCCUCCCCUCCUCUCCCUGUACCACCACAACUGGCUCAGAUGGUCACAGGUUACCAUCAGGCACCGUGUCCACUGAAUACCUGAACCAGGGCAGCUCCACUAAAGUCCUCCUCCUGCUCUGUAACACGGCAGGAUCAGGCCAACAAUCUGUGAGGUUUGGACCUCCUUUUCUCAUGCACGAGGACAGGAGUGUCUCCUGGGAGCAGCUGCAGCAGAGCAUCCUCAGCAAGCUCUAUUAUCUGAUGGUGAAUGGAGCCCAGACUCAGAAUGCAUCAAUGAUGUUUAAGAUCAGAGUUGUUGGAGGAUCAGUGAACUACAGCUACCUGUCCCCACAGGACAGCAGACCGCUGUAUCACCCUGCAGUUGACAGAGCUCUGAAGUUCUGCGGAACGGGAGGACGUUCACAUGUGAAGCUUGUGAUCGAGUGGGAGCAAAAAAUUAAAGAAUGUGUGUUUGGCAGCAUCCAGGAGGAGGUGGUGAGGGAUGCUGAGAGCGUGAGGGCCCAGCAACAGCAGCACCUGCAGCAGCACAGCUGUACUUUAGAUGAGUGUUUUCAGCUGUAUACCAAAGAAGAACAGCUUGCCCCAGAUGAUGCUUGGAAAUGCCCACACUGUAAGCAGCUUCAGCAAGGCAUGGUGAAGAUGAGCCUGUGGACACUCCCUGACAUACUAAUCCUUCAUCUCAAGCGCUUUCGGCAGGUAGGUGAGAGAAGGAACAAGCUGUCAACCCUGGUACAGUUCCCUCUGACUGGACUGGACAUGGCUCCCCAUGUGGUGAAGAGGAGCCAGAGUAUGAGGAACUUGAAUUUGGGGGCUUGGCCCCCCUCAUGGAAGCAGCCCUCAGGACAUCACCACCAAGCUGCUGACAUGACCCUCUCCCAUGACUAUCUGUAUGACCUCUACGCUGUGUGUAACCAUCAUGGAGGGAUGCAUGGAGGUCAUUACACUGCCUACUGCAGGAACUCAGUGGAUGGUCAGUGGUAUAGCUAUGAUGACAGUAGUGUAGACCUGGUGCCAGAGGAGGAAGUCUGUACUCGAGGGGCCUACAUCCUUUUCUACGAGCGACGCAACACCAUCCCUCCUUGGUCUGCCAGUUGCUCUUUAAGAGGCUCCAUAAGCUCAUCGAUGUCAGACCACUGGCUGAUACGACUCACAGGGGACAGUAAGAGAGGAAGCCUGGUGUCUCGGUCCUCCACCACGUGUCCGUCUUCCACACUUGAUUCUCCUGAGUCUCCAGUCUUCCUUGAUGAUGCCGCCAAAGAUGAGAAAGGGGGUUUUGAGAGCAGGCCAUUUAUCAGGGGUCUUCAGGGACGCAGCAUGAGUGCGAGGGCACCCAGCAAAACCAAGGAGUCCCUGAGCAAAGUGCUUCCUUUGCGCUGGUCCUUUGGUUCCAAGGAAAGACGAAAACCUGACCCGGCAUCUCCACCAGUCCAACCUUCUGCCCCUGCGGAGCUCGUUGUGUAUUUGGAAUCUGGCCGCCGACCACGAUGCACAAAGGAUCCAAUAGUAACUCUGAUGACUGGAGCACCUCGCUCAAAAGAAGGUGCUGCUUCCAGUAUUGGAAGGAUAAUUUGUGUGAGUAAAACUCAAGAUGACCUGCCCCCUGAGUCUGCACGAUUCCCAGAGGGCCAAAGAAGACAAGCUAGCCUGAAACGUAGCAAGCAAAGCCAGACAGGAGGUGAAGGCCUAAGUAAUAGUUCUAGCAGUAACACUCUGACCAGGGGGAAGGAUACCAGGAAGCAGAGCUCUUCUAAAACCUUCCAUGGUACUGGUACAAUAAAGCGUUCUGGUACUGGAGUGCAGUCCAGCUCCAGCACUCCCAUCCUUAAUGAUGUGUCUCUGAGGAAAUCAAACAAGGAUAUAGUUGAUAGUCGAAACACUCAAGGAGAACAUCAAACAACAUAUGAAGGAAACUCCAAAUCCAAGAAAGGAGAGGAUCCCAAGAGCCACGAGGUAUUAUUCUCGUUUUUAAAAGGAAACUUCUUGAAGAAGGAUAAGGACUCAAGAAAAUCCAAGGAGGAUGAAUCGAAAGGAAGAGGUGAGGAAGGAGGCCGGAGGACCUUAUCGAGAGUGUCACUGUCAAAUGGAGCAGUAGGUGGGGAGAACGUGGUGGACGAGAGCAAGUCCAGUGGCUCAGGCCAUCGUACUGGUGAGGUGAACAGGAAAACAGGACAAACCACGUCUGACAUUAAACGCUCCCAGAGCUCCUCCAGCUUACCUAUUAAAGCAGAGCAGAGUAUGCGUAGGACCACGUCCUUGCAUCGCAACGGGACGUCUGCAGCCCCGCCAUCCCGCAGCUUGUCAGCAGACAAGCCUUCUUACGGCACCCUGCAAAGAACUCGUUACAGCACAGCCUCACUUGGACGUAAACGAAUGGUCCCUGAGUCCAGUUUCUGACAGGUAACCUCUACCCAUUACAAAAUGUGUGAAGGCUGAUCUCUGAGAUCAAAGCAAUAGUCCUCACUUCACAGUGGUGCACUUUUUUUUUUCAUACAAAAUGAACUGGCUUAAGCUGCUGUACCAGAGAGAUGCAGCAGAUGAAGAGUAUUUUAAUGCUGGAAUACAUAGAGCAGAGUGAAAUGUUGGAACCGCUGAUCCAAAGGACAUUUUAUUCCUGUGUGUGAUUGUUUUUUUGUUUUUUGUUUUUU